UUCAAGAAGCCAAAACGGACGCGUGUUCCAAACUGUUCAGCAGCUAUUCUUAGAGGGGGGAAUGUGACAGACUCUGGCGAAUCGUUUUGAAUGCAGCUCACAUUAGACGAAGGAGUUGCCCUCUCUGAACAGCAUCAAAUUUAUGAUCAUCUCCGACAAGAAAGAUUAGAAAGGUAGAUGUGAGAGCCGCUGCGAGCAACGUCCAUUUGGUGCACGAUGCGACCGUUCUGAACAGUUUGGGAUAACUUUACGAUGCGGGGAUUGCUCUGAGCUGUGGUUAUCUCAACGGAUGGACCUGGUGCCCGUCGGCUGAGACAUCAUUUACGAUCCGCGGUGAGACUGACGAGGCGGGACCGCCGACAGGAUGGUGGAGCGGUCGGACCGAGCCCCUCUGCUGGACUGGGAGGAGGUUCCGUCCGCGGAGAAACCCGGCGGAGGAGCGGCGCCGCCCGCGGCAAAGGACCGACUGUCGAGCCCCUCCAACAGUCGUGCCCCAGCGGGAUGCUCCGCGCCCGGGUUUGGGUGGAGCAGCGGUCCGGGGGGUCCCGCUCCCAGCAGGGCUGUCUCAAACGCAGACGGCUGCAGCGCCCCACCCGCGACCUCCAGCGCCCCGGCGGCGGGGGGCAGGGAUGAAGCGCUGCGUCCCGACGACGAGGAGCAUCACUCGGAUGCAGGAUCGAGGGAGGUGACGCUGGAGGAGAGGAUGGUGAAAUGGGAGGAGAAGGACCAGAUUGUGUCGGUCUUUGUGGUCACGUUCAAUACCAGAUCAGGAAACAUGCUGGAGUGGUGUCUGCCCAAAGACAUGGACCUGGAGGGUGUGGAGUUCAAAGCCAUCGCCAGCGGCUCCCACCGAGUCACCACAGACUUCAUCUACUUCCGGAAGGGCUGCUACUUCGGCCUCGCCUGCUUCGCCAACAUGCCGGUGGAGAGCACGGUGGAGAGGGGGGCGAGGAUGAAGUCGGUGGGGAUCCUGUCCCCGUCCUACACCCUGCUCUACCGCUACAUGAGCUUCCUGGAGCACCAGGUCAGGCUCCAGCUCCAGUCCCCUGGCCACUACUCUCCACUGGAGGCCUUCUACGAGGACAAGCGAGCGCUUCUGCCCCCCAGUGGCGAUGGCGUUGUUACUGCGUGUCCUGCCAACGCCUGGGGAGCUGCAAUCAACCACAGCAUGCACCCCGAGAUGAAGAUCACCCACCCGGCCGGCUGCAUGUCCCAGUUCAUCCGCUUCUUCGGGGAGCAGAUCAUGGUGCUGUGGAAACUGGCCCUCCUCCGCAGGCGCAUCCUCAUCUUCUCCCCUCCGCCGGUGGGCGUGGUCUGCUACAGAGUGUACUGCUGCUGUUGCCUGGCCAACAUCUCCAUCCCCGGGAUCGGCGUGGCCGUGCCCGAGUUCCGCCCCUUCUUCUACGUCAAUGUGGCCGACAUCAGCGCCCUGGAGAACGAGCUCUCCUACGUGGCAUGCACUACUGAGAAGAUCUUCGAGGAGAAGAAGGAUCUGUAUGAUGUGUAUGUAGACAAUCAGAAUGUAAAGACCUGCAGAGACGGCCUGAAGCCUCUGCUGCGCCUCAGCACCGCUGACAGGGAGAAAUAUCGCAAACUCACCGAACAGAGGCAGAUGCUGCUGUACUCCCAAGAGGAGAAUGGAGACUGUGUGUCCAGUGAAGAGGAUCUCUUUAUUCUGUUUUUCCUGGAGCAGAACAACAGGAUCUUCCAGACCCUCAGCGAGGUGGCAGGGAGCUCCGAUCCUACGCUGACUCAGGAGAGUGUGAGGGCCAUGGGUCUGGAUCCUCACGGAGACCGGCUGUUCCUGCUCCACCUGCUGGAGGUGUACGGCUACGACACCCUGCUGGUGUCGGAGCAGCUGUGCUGCAGUUGAGGGACGACGGACGGCUGGCUUUUCCGCCUUUCAUCACUGCUGGCUCUAAAUAAAAAAGGGGGGUUGAGCUUUGAGUCCUGCACUACUGGCUUCUUGGAGUCUCUGGGACCGUUUGAGGCUCCAGAAAUUUCUCUGGUAUUACUUUUUUUCUGUAUCUCCUUGUGCUUCUUUUGUUCACAACCUGAUGGCAAGAGCAACAAUUAGAGUCAGGUGGUGAGUUCUACGUCAGACCAACAACACAUCCUGAAAAUGGACUGCUCACCGUUGACUCUAUCAAAGUGAAGCUCUGAAUCAGAUCCAGCAGCAGUAUUUUAACACCAAGACCGUGUUUGAAUGCAACAGACGGCAGGUCCAAACCCCUGAAAGAUGUGUAGCAAGGGACUUUUUAGGAAUUUUUAGAGGACAAAAAGUGUGCUGUAUGAAAGUGUAAAACAGAGGGAGCCUUCCUGUAAAUAGCCCUGCUUUUUCCCCCCCAAUAUGUACAGUGUGUCAGUCUGCGUAUGUGUGAUACGGGGUCCGCCUCUGUGUUAGUUGUAUCAAGUGCUGGAUGUAAACAUCUCAUUCUUUUUAAGCCUCUAUGUCCAAAUCAGGGCCUCCUCUCUUGGAACCGAACUAAAAUGUCACUACAAGCAGGUUGAACCACCCUUGUCUUUAACAGCCAUGUCUGUAAACACUACUGUUAAUAUCACAAAUGACCAAUUCGCCAUUUAACUUUGGCAGUAAUUUUUUUUUUCUCUUUUUGGCCCCAAGCUAAGACCAAAUCAGAUUUUCUAAUGAUGUCCAAAAGGCAGGGGUGAUAAUGUCCACGAGGACACAGAGGCUAUUUGAAAAAAAAAAAAAAAAAAAGGCUUUUUUGCACCCUGGCUGUCAGCUGGGCCUGCAGCUCAGAAGAAUAAGCUGUUAGUCAAUGAACACUGUUUUUACUGCUUUUCUUAAAAAAAAAAAAAACGUCUAGUUGUUGCGUGUGCAGCUCUGGUGUCAAGACAAAGGCAGGCUUUCAUGGACUGAGCUCACGGCCUCAGAUAAUAUUCUCAACAGAGGGACAGUGAGUCGCCUUUUUUAUUUUACAGCUACCAUCUGCAGAAUGGAUCAGAGAAUCGCUUUAGACAGAAUUCUGUGACUGUAAGCUCUGUCCGCUUACGAAACACACCACGGCAGCGUAUGUUUCCAGCUCCGUUAACCUGAUUGCCUAU